AUGCCUCGCCUGUUCUUGUUCCACCUGCUAGGAGUCUGGCUGUUACUCAGUCAACUUUCCAGAGCAAACCGGGCCGAGUGGAUGGACCACAAUAUUAAAUCAUGCGGCCGCGAAUUAGCCCGCCGCCUGAUUGCCAUUUGUGGCAUGAGCUCCUCAGGAAGAAUGGCUCUGAGCCAGAAAGAGCCUCCCCUGGGGUCUGCACCAAAGGCAGAAAUAGUGCCAUUCUUCAUCCACGAUGAUGCAGAAACUGUAAAUAUGAUGUCAGAAUUCAUUGCUAAUUUGCCACAGGAGAGGAAGAUGACACCUUCUGAGAGGCAGCCAUCAUUACCAGAACUACAACAUCUACCUACAUUAAAGGAUUCGAACAUUGGCUUUGAAGAAUUUAAGAAAAUUAUUCAUAAUAGAGAAAGUGAAGCAGAUGAUGAUAGUCCUUCAGCAUUAAAAUACUUAGGCUUGGAUACUCACUCCCGAAAAAAGAGAGAUUCCUCUAUGUCACUAUUUGACAAAUGUUGCCAAAUUGGUUGUACUGGAAAAUCUCUUUCUCAGUUAUGCUGA